UGGACAAAGUUAGAAAAAAUCUUUCAUUCAAAAUUCAUUUACUUUGUUAAUACAAUGGAUCAUGAACAUAAAGCGAGAACUUUGACAGAAAUUUUAAAGGAGUUAGCAGAAUCGAGCGCCUUCCACGGAAUUCCAAAAAUUGCCUCGUCACGGCAACUUCCGGUAAAAAUAUUAUGGAGCAUUGUGGUACUCGCUGGGGUGGGCGUCAUGGCUUUCCAUCUUACGGAAUUAUUCCAGACAUUUUAUUCCAACCCUAUUCAGACCACAGUAUCAUUGGACUUCAGUACUCUUCAGUUUCCAGCAAUAUCUAUCUGCAACAUGAAUCCCGUCAGAAAAUCAAAGAUCGGAUUGUCUCCGGAAUUUCGGGAUGCAGUAUUCCCAAAGAAAAGAAGACGCCCACGCUCUAUUGCAUCGGCCGCGAAACGCCAAAAAAGGGUCCUGCGCGAUUUGUCAGACCAAGGUGGUCCAAGUUUUGAAAAGCCGUACAUACCCUCUGGCCAAACCAUAGUAUACAGUGGCAAAGGAUUACCAGAAGACAAAACAGUUGUCGACAUGAUACCUGCAGCCUAUCGUGAGAGAGGUGUGGAGGAAUGGAUCAAACUAUUAGGCAUUAAACCUAGCCUAAUAAAUGAAACGUUCUUUGAAAUACGUCUCGAAUACAUUAACUCCGUUCCGACGUACCGAUGGAGUUACAAAUACCCGUAUCAUUCCGAUGACAGCGAACCAGAAGUAGGCCAGUUACCGGAAGACGCCGAUUACAAUUUCACUGAAGAAAACACACUUGAAAUAGUGACUGAGUUAGAUCAGUUGAACGAAACCGUUAUAUCUACAACUGAAAGUCCGUAUUUGUUUGACUACACUGACACUGACUGGGAUAUCUUUGAUUCCGUUGACAUCGAUAUCGAUGUAGUUGAGAAUUACACGUCAGAAACACUAGAAAUAUUGGAGAAGCCUAUCGCCAGAUUUCUAAGGGAUCCGAAGGAUAAAUGGGACAACGUGAUCACAAAAUUCAAAAUAGCAUUCAGGGACGUUUCACCUGAAAUACGCAGGCGUAUGGGACAUCAGGUGACAGAUUUUAUACAAUACGUCUCAUUUGCGAAAAGACAACAGAAUAUUCCAGAAUUCUUUGAACCGUUUACUACAUCGUCGUAUGGUAACUGCUACACAAUGGAUGAUUCCAAGUUCCAGUCCUGGAGAAGUGGUCCUGAAGCUGGUAUAAAAAUGACCUUACAUCUUGAAGUGGAUGAGUAUGUGGAGAGGUUAUCCUCGGGGUACGGUGUUCGGAUCGUGUUUCAUGAACCCGGGACGUUCCCUAUGCCGGUUGAAGAAGGUUUAACAAUAAGUCCUGGAUUUGAGACCAGCAUAGGUUUAAGAGCUAUUAACGUGACACGCCUUGGAGAGCCGUACGGUCAAUGUACGAAUUUUGGUAGUGAGAAGUUCCGGCAGAAAUACAACCUAACCUACAGUAAAACGGCGUGCCUAGAGUUUUGUCGUAUAGAAAAUGUGAUCAACAAGUGCAGUUGUAUACCCAACGAGGCGCCAGAUAUAGACUUUGGAGAAGACGUGGACGUUUGCAACAGCAAAGACGAAUUGUGUACUUUCGAGGUAGAGCUAAUGUUGGAAAAUGGAACUCUUCAGUGUGAUUGUAUAAACCAUUGUUCAGAGUUUGUAUACGGUAAAACCAUCUCGGGACGACUCUGGCCUCAUAAAGACUAUCUGGAAAAGAUUAUAAUGAAAGAUAUGUGUGCAAAGAAUCUUACAUCACUGGCAAAGGCAUGCAAACAAGUUGACGCGAAGAAUCAACAGUUCGAUUACGACAGGUACAGGAACAAUUUUGUUAGAGUUAUAAUCUAUUUCGAAGAUCUCAAUUACCAGAAGAUAACGGAGGAACCGUUUUAUACCACUGUACGUUUCAUAUGUGAUAUAGGAGGUGCCAUGGGACUAUUUAUAGGAGUUUCCAUACUCAGCUUAUUUGAGGUUCUGCAACUUAUUUUAGAGCUCGUUCUUUACUUGAAAGACAGAAAGCUGAACGACGGACUGAGUCCGGUCGAGCAAAACAGUAAAGCUUGACCUUACUAAUACUCGUGUCAUUGUGGAGGGCACAGGAUUUAUCAUAAGAGUUUUAAAUGACGUGUCAUUGUAUACAAUACGGUGUUUAACAUAGGACUUUCAAAUGCCAUGUCAUUAUAGAGAAGACAUUGUUUAUCAUAAGUGUCAGAUGACGUGUCAGUGUAUACAAUACGGUGAUUAACAUAGGACUUCCAAAUGCCGUGUCAUUGUAGAGAAGACAGUGUUUAUCAUAAGAGUGUCAAAUGACGUGUCAUUGUACAGAGAAAACUGUUCAUAAAAGUUUCAAUCUGAGCACCUCGACAGGUAGACUACGUUACGUGCUGCACGAGGGAUCGGGAAAUAUCCGAUAUUUCACUAUAAUAAAUAUAAGUUUGUUACAUUGAAAAUGAUUUUUGUAAAUAUCAUUAUACAUGUCGGAAAAUUUAUUCAGUAUAUAUUUACUUAAGUUUAGUGACGUGUAUAACUAUGAAGAAAGUUGGGUGGGGGAGGGGGGAAGGAGGUUAAAGACAGAUUUUUUUCUGACAUAUGAGACAGUUUAUUUAGGAAAAUAUAAAUCCUGUUUAAAGUUCAUAGAAGGAAGUAGCGCUAGAAAUCACUCUAAACUGUGUAAAAGAUCAUAAAGAGAUUUAUUUAGUAUUCGCAAGGCGAAACCCACUACGAAAAGGGAAGUCACAAAGGGACACAACAGUCUUCAAUAUUCUGGCUUUAACCCGACAAACGGAACAUACACGUAGUAUCCCAUAGCCAAACUCACAUUUCUUAUAAUGGUUGAUGCCUGUUAAACAAUUUUAGACACUGUAACCUAUAUUAUGCAUUAUUUUUAAAUUAUUUUAAUCAAAGAACUGUCAUUAUACCUUUUUAUUUUUUUCGUUUUAAGAAUGAGGCUUGAAUUACUGGUGGAAUUUCAAAACAAUUUACAAAAAAACCACUACCACCUCGCUUUAAACAUAAACGAAAGGGGUAAUUUGACCAUAAGUCACUUAUCCAGAGAAAUCUUGACCAUUGACCUUGUUUCUGACUAAGUCUGGUAUUAGAAAGCAGUUUAUUUUUUUAGAGUAAUGUAAAGGUUUCAAUGCUUAACGUAAAAGAAUCUUUUAGCAGGGAUGUUUAGGUAAGAAUAAUGAAGUUCAGCUUGUAAACAUGAGCACGAAGCACCCGAAAAACAAUGAUGAAGAAUAUUUGCAUUUCAGUCAUAUCGAAAGAAUUUCCAAGUUACAUUUUCUGUAUUAUAAAUUAUACUUGUAUUUUUUUUUAUUUUCGUAUAUAUGUGAUUGUAAUUUAGGUGACUUGAAAUAUAUAUAUAUAAAUAUUUGCAUAAUAAAUGUAUU